AUAUUUUGGGUACAACUUAUCACUCUUUGUCGAUUGAUAUGGUUCUCUCUUUUCUGUCUAUUUUUGGUAUGUAAUAAGCACUGUGGAACUGAUUGUUUGUUAAACGACUGGGACAGACUCAUCCAAUAUUGUUCUCAUAUUUUCAGGUCAAAUGAAGAACGCAGCCUUUUGCCACUUCUAUUCUAGGAUAGCAAUGCCAUGAUUGGAGCAGUCAACAGAAGUAGUGAAGGCCACGAGGGAAGUCAAAUGAUAAUAAGUCGUUAAAUGGUUCCUAAGACCUCGAAC